CUUCCACAAUGAGACUUGGAGCCUUCGCUCUCCGUUCCACCUCUAUCACGGCUAAGCCUGCCGUGCAGUCCGCUGCUUUCAACGGCUUGCGUUGCUAUUCUACUGGCAAGGCCAAGGUUCGUGACGCUUGUUCGGGUUCAAUUGACACGUUUCGAGCUUUCUUUACUGAUAACUUCUUCUUCUAGUCCCUCAAGGAGACGUUCGCCGAUAAGCUUCCCGGUGAGAUCGAGAAGGUUAAGAAGCUCAGAAAGUAGGCGCACAGCGUAUAAAUGCUACCUACCAUACAGCGAGUGCUAAUC